GAACUUCCCCAACUAGCCUGUAGGUGGGUGUGUUUAACAGAAGGAAGCAAUGGGAAUUCGCCUGUCAGCCAGCCUUUAGAGCUAAUUAGCUCAGCAUACAACAAAGAUAAGUGAGCCUAGGAGGAGGGGCCCCUGUGGGGUCUUUAGAUUCUGGGAAAUGUCUGAUUGGCAGAUGUUAAAAGGGAUUCUUUGGUAAUCCUGUGCAUCAAUGAGCUGCACAAAUUCAGUCCAGGACUGCAAGAAUUCAGGCAUGAGGACACUGUGCAGCAAGCGCGCACAGGCAGACUCAAGAUGGACAGAACCUUGGAGUCCCUGAGACAUAUCAUUGCCCAAGUCUUGCCUCACAGAGACCCAGCUCUGGUCUUCAAAGACUUGAAUGUAGUAUCAAUGUUACAAGAAUUUUGGGAAAGUAAGCAGCAGCAGAGAGCCGCAUUCCCAAGUGAAAGUGUGGUGGUAUAUGAAUCACUGCCAUCUCCAGGACCUCCCUUUGUGAGUUAUGUGACCCUCCCCGGGGGAAGCUGUUUCGGCAACUUUCAGUGCUGCUUAAGUAGAGCUGAGGCCAGACGCGAUGCAGCUAAAGUGGCCCUAAUCAACUCCCUCUUCAAUGAGCUGCCCUCCCGCAGGAUCACCAAGGAAUUCAUUAUGGAGAGUGUACAGGAAGCGGUUGCCUCCACCAGCGGCACUUUAGAUGAUGCAGACGACCCCAGCACAAGCAUCGGAGCCUAUCACUACAUGUUGGAGUCCAAUAUGGGGAAGACUAUGCUGGAAUUCCAGGAACUGAUGACCAUUUUCCAACUAUUGCACUGGAAUGGAAGUCUAAAAGCCCUUCGUGAAACCAAGUGUUCCCGACAGGAAGUCAUCUCCUACUAUUCCCAGUAUUCCUUGGAUGAAAAGAUGCGCAGCCACAUGGCCCUGGACUGGAUCAUGAAAGAGCGGGAGUCACCAGGAAUUCUCUCUCAAGAGCUACGAAUGGCCCUUAGGGAGUUGGAGGAGGCUCGGAAAGCAGGACAAGAACUGCGGUUCUACAAAGAAAAGAAAGAAAUCCUGAGCUUGGCCCUGACUCAGAUCUAUAGCGAUGCUGACACUUCCUCCCCCAGUGAUGAUCAGCUGAGCCUCACGGCCCUCAGUGGCUACCACUAGGAAGACAGGACCCAGCCGCCCCAGAGGGCAGCGGAGGCCAGACUCUAUCACUAGGAAGCUCAUUGAAAGAGGUCAUUGGAGCUUUAGCACCUGUAGCUACUACCUGAGGGCUGAACUAACUCUCCCCACCCAUUCCAUUUAUAGAAAGUAGUAGGACCCUUACGGGACCCAAUGUCUACUUAAUGCAAUUUAUCCGUCUUACUGUCAGUAAUUCCACUUCACUCUGAAAGAAUGGAAAGAGGAUGGUUUCAAAGAUAUUUCUCAGACCUGGCUCCUACCUAAAGACUGGUUGACGCGUGCCUUCUAGAUGAUAGCUGUUGCUUCAAAGAAAGGGCCCGAGUAGCAUGAUGGCAUUAAAAAACAAGAUACUUGGGAUUAAAUAAAAACAAUAUGGAUGGUUCUAAAAACUAUCCAAGGGUUAGGGUUCCUUCCUAAACUUUAUAAGCUGAGAGAUAACUUACAUCACUAGGUGUAAUCCCAGAUUGUAUUGGGGAUUUUAUUUGGAUACCCCACUAUCAAAGAUCUUGAAGUGAUACAGUAUGAGAUGCUAAUAAAUUUAAUGUGGCUUAAAAUGGCCAUUGUAAUAAGAAUUUUAAAAAAUCUACACUCUCUCACAUGAGGAAAAAUGGCACUUAGAAAAGUACCUUUAAUCUUACUCCACAAGAAGAAUUAAGGUCCACAAGAAGAAUUAAUUUUUUGAGUCCUGCAAUCAUGUUCACUUUUAAUUUACAAAUGGAUAACUUGAACCGAUGUGUGUUUAUGUUUGCCACCACAGUCAUCUUUCUAUAAUGGAGAAAGUUAUUGGCAUUUUUAAAGGUUAAAACAUUUUGAAAUCAUUAGCAUGUAUUAGUGCUUGCAUUUGACUAGUUUCUCAUGCAUUGGUGAGAAGAAAUCUUUAGCUGUCUUUGAUGAUGUUGAAGAACAUAAGCAACUAGUAGCUUAAGUGUAGUGUCAUUGUUAAGAUUAAAUUACUGAGUCUACUUAAAAAGGACUAAAAUAUCCAUCUCUUUUUGAAAAUGACUUGGGUCAAUCAAUUGUUUAGAAAACCAAAAAUAAAAACUGAAUGUCAGCUUGUUACUGUUCACUUAAAUUUUAACAAUGGCAGCAGUGUUCAUUUUAAAUACUCAUAGUUUCCAUAUCUAUAAUAUGAAAAGGAUUAUACUGCAUGUAGCCCAAUAAUUAAAAUUAAACAGUUUCUCUCAAUUUUAAAUGAGAUUUCAUUUUAGACCAACUCAGGCUAACUUUCCUGAAAGCUAAAACAUUUAUAAUUACAUUAAAGUUUUUAAACAUGACAGUUUUAGCCUCACAUCUAAGUAUGUAUAAAGAUAAUUGUCACUUCUUAAGUCCCCAUGAAAAUAACUGUAUUCUGGUAUAUCUUGGAAUUAAACUUAUUAAUAGAAAUUUCACUUCAUAUUUCUCCCACCAGGAGAAAAUUCAACUAUGCACUUAUUCCACUCUAAUGAUUUGAAAGGUAACACCCUAUACUAUUAGAUAAAUUUUUUUAAAAACAUUGUUUAAACAAAAAUCAUAUUCCUCCCCAUAAUGAAGCUAAAACUCACUUAAAAACAUCUUUAUUAUCUUAUAUUUCCCCCCCCAAAGAAUUAGAAUUAAUAUUGUAAGUUGAAUAAAUGUCAAAAUUAAGGAAACUUUCUAUUUGAAGUAAUUUUUUCAUAGUCAUUAUUCUUUACAAUAUCAUUUUGAAAAAGCCACAUUUUCGCAUGAUGGGUAUGAUAAAUAAAGGUACAUUCACUUUUACUGCAUUUGUAGCCUUUGACAUGACUUUGACACCUUGUCAAGGAAUAACCUGAGCAAAUGUCAAAUUUACUCCCUAUAAUUAUAAAAUUGCACCCAUUCUGAUAUUAGAGAUUCCCCUUUGGUCACAAUCCGUUUUUCCCGGCUGGUCAAAACUGCCCACUCUUCCUAAACUGGUUUGGAAGCUAUAGCAAAGAUACAAAAUACAGUAUUUUUGCCACUCCUUGUCCAUUUGACGCUCAUUUUAGCAAAUCACUUUUACCUAAGACAGAAUGACUGUUGUUAUGGCAUUAUAGCUAUGCAUCAAGUAAAUGCCUGCAUUACUAACCCAAGAAGCGCAGAGUUGAAGAGUAAAGUCUAGUCUUAUUUUUCCUUUUCUAUAUCAUGUUCUCAAUAACACAUUGUGUUGAAAGGGACUAGAGUGGACAAUUCUCUACUUAAAUAGAUACAUGGACCCGUGGGUCCUAACCUUUGGACCUCUGAGAAUCGGGUAACAGCUAUGGGCCUUUCCCAGGAAUAUAGAGCUGAGCAUAUACAUUUAAGAUGACAGUUUCAGAGAGGGUGGGACCUCCCCAAAGCCCAUGGAUUGCUUUAUCCAAGGACCCAGUUUGUAAGUCUUAAUUUUGAGCACAUGUUUAUAUUCUCUUAAAUUUUCAGCAGGGAUCCAGCCUAGCCCAGACAUGGCCCUACACAUCCUAUUUUCAGGAUGUGUCAUCACCCUUCCAUGUAGACUUGCACUGUAUUUUGACAAGAGAUAGCUGCUUUAUUUUCACAAAACCAAAUAUACCAGAUUGUUAUUUAAAAACAAAGAAAAAAGCUUAAUGCAAUUAGUCACCAAGCUUGUAUGAACGUAUCAGAAAAUUACAGAUUUGAUAUAGUCAUUGUUCCUGUAAUGAUCAGAAUUCAGUUGUCCAUUUGUUAAAAAGCUAUAGGCCUCUGAUAUGUUUACUGUUAAAUUCAUUCACCUAAUUCUAGUAAGGAAAAGAAUCAAGCCAUAUAUAUUCUCUAAGUGUACCUACAUUAA